AUGAUACGAUACAACGGAAUCCAGUUUGAAGAGUCGUUGCCCUGGCGGACGGGAUCCAAUCGACUGCCCGAUAACCAAGAGAUAUCCCUCAGUAUGCUCAACUGUGUGAAAGGACGACUGAAAAAGAACACACAGUUAAAGGAAGCCUAUUGUAACGCCAUGAAACGAAAUCUAGAGUUGGGCUUUAUCGAACGCGCAGUGGGAGAAGCCGACAAAGAACAACCAUUAUGA